AUGAAUAAUAUGAAUCCAAGCAAAAGAGCAGCAAAUAGAGCAGCGACUUGCAGCAAAGACAGAGAGCGAUUAGGAGAAAAAUGGCAGCAACCCAGAAGUCCUUGUCCCUGCACCAACUUCCAGCAACUCCCACAGGCUAUAGCCAUGGAGAUUCUCUUAAGGCUCUCCAUGAAAACCCUCUUCAACUGCAGGUGCGUUUGCAAAGAGUGGCUUUCUCUAAUUUCUGACCCUCAGUUUAUUCAUCCCCACCUAUCAAGAUCAAGAAUUGGCAUCUUGAUCAAGAAGUAUCCCCAUAAUCUGAAAUCAUGGAAACCUGAGUUGACCCAUGUAGAGGAAUGUGCUGAAUCUGAUUUGUGGGUAGACACAAUAAACUUUACCGACAAUGUACCCAUUUCCGAAUUCGGUUUGGUAAACUCAUGCAAUGGUUUAGUUUGUUUGUCUGGACCUCAUAAAUAUGACCCAUGUUAUGUUUGUAAUCCAAUUUUGGGUGAAUUCAUCAUCAUUCCACCAACCCAGAAAGGUAGGGGCUGGUGCAGUUUUGUUGGGUUUGGUUUUAGCGUCAGGACGAAUGAGUACAAGCUGUUGCAAACGAGCUUAUCUGACAACUUCUGCAAGGCUGAGGCUGAGAUAUACACCAUUGGUACAGGGCUUUGGAGAAGCAUUGGAAAUGCUCCUAUGGACUUCCCUGAGUUACCAUUCAAUUCUUAUCUGCAAGGAGCUCUUCAUUGGGUUUCCUAUGGUGAAAAAAAGAGUUUCAGGGAAAUCAGAAUUACUGGGACUCAGUCGUUAUUCUCAUUCGAUGCAAUUGCUUACAGUCCAUCCUUUGUUUCACUCUACGAUGCUUCAAGAGGAGAGGAGGUGAAGAGGGUAAGAACCGGGAAUAAAUCUGACAAGCUGCUUGCUGUGGGGAGUUCUGAUUGUGUUGGUUCUGGGAUGCCACCCUACAAGUGCACAAAACUUAACUGA